GGUAUUUUCGGUAUUAAAAUAUUUUUAGCUGUCAAUUCAAAUUAUACUAACAAAUCAAUAUUUAUAUGAUUAAUUGGAUCAAGCGAAUUUAGGUUGUGAUUAUUAGUGGCAACAUUACAUUCUGACAGUCAUGGGAGACAUAGAAGAGUAUAUAUUCGAUGACGAUGGAAAUCCGAUUUUGAAUUGUCCGAAUCUCCCUCAAGAAGACCAAUUAUUUGCGGAUGAACCCGACUUAAAAGACAUUUUUCACUGUAAAUCGGAUGGUUAUGAUGUCACACUUUCACUAUCAAAAGGGUACAUAUGCUGGACGAAUGUUAAUUCUGCAGGUAAGAAGAAGGGGAAAAACAAGAAAGGAGAGGACAAAAACACUGUUAAGCUUCGAGAUGUAUUUGGUAUAACUAUGAAGAGGAAAAAGGCAAGCUCGGAGAAAGAGGAGGGACUAUGUUUAGGGUUUACUCUGCACAUUGCUGAUAGGUUUGGUCCUAAUACCUGGGUUGACAAAAUCGUUGUGUUCGAACAUCCUAGCGAGACACUAUGUACAAGAUACAUACGGAAAACCAGGGAAUAUCUUGACGCCUUGCAGUGCAGACCCCGCUCAGUGAAACUGUUCCUUCAAACCCACGCUGGGUCUAAGACCGCCAGUGCCCUGUAUAAGAACAAGGUGCUGCCCUUGUUUCAAGCUGCAGAUAUAGAUGUGGACUGUAUUGAGGUACAGCACAACGAGCACAUCAAACAAGAGAUGACCCAUAUAAAUCUAGACGACUUUGAUUGUAUCAUAGCAAUGGGAGGUGACGGCACUGCCAACAAGGCAGCUGAUGGACUGUUGACUGCCUCACAGAAAUACAGAGGCGUGGACCAGAAACCUGGGUUUACACCUGUACGAGCAAGGCUUCCCCUUGGCAUCAUCCCUUGUGGUUCCACAAAUGACAUAUGUCGAUCAAUAACCGGCACAGAAGACGUGGUCACAUGUACCAUACACAUUCUGAUGGGCUGGAAGUCCCCUGUUGACAUUUGCUCUGCCUACUCGGAGGACAAUUUCCUCCAGUGGAGUUUCAACUGUCAGUAUGGGUUUGCAGGAAAUGUACUCACAUUCCGGAAGCGCUACAAGAAACUGGGAAAACGGGGUCUUGAGGCGGCGUUUAUGAAAGCUCUCACAAAGGCUAAACUUAGGCCGUACAAGUGUGACAUUGAGUACAUUCCAUCAGAUCUUCAGAUCCCUCCACAUAGGAAAAACCUGCCUUGUUAUACUGGGUGUGACACGUGUUGGAAGGAAACAGUUGAAGAUGAUAAUGGAGUCACUGAAGAUCUUGUCCAGGCUUUUGACCCUCUGUCGGAGUCCAACAACAGCGAUACUCUCGUCAAUUUGGCAGAACUUGAAGAAACUCCUUGGAGAACAAAGAAGCUUGACUGCCUCAACAUAGGGCUCUACACAAUAUCGGGGCGUUCUGAACUAGCCGCCCGAGGGCUAAGUAUGUAUACACACCUGAACGACGGGGCCGCUGAGCUGGUGUUGAUCAAGGACGCACCCAGGAAAGAGUUUAUUAGAGUUCUAAAGAGGCUGACAAAUGGCAAAGAGCAGUUUGACUUCCCCUUUAUUGAAGUGCUGAGAGUUAAGGAAUUCAAGUUCCGACUUCGGCUACCGACAGGAUUCCAAUACAAAGAUCGUAACUUUAGUGAGCUGGAUUACGAAAUCAAUCGCCAACAGAAACAAAUGGAUAGUGCAACAAAAUCAAUGGAAAUUCUAGAAAUUGAUGACUUGAUUGAAUCAGACAAUGAUGAUCAGGUUGACAAAUCCCCGAGUCCAUCUUUAAAUGAUUCUGUGCAUUCAAAAGACUCCAAGCGUGUGAAUAAUAACAAUAAACCAGCUCCGUUCAAGAAAGCCAAAAGUGUUCAACAUUUUGAUAAGAAGGUUCUCAAGAGAACUUCAACAGAAACAUCCAUUGAGACAUUCACAACAGAUGAUACAGAUUCGGACUCUGACACGGAGGAUUCGGAUAGUGACAUGGAGAAUGGGAAGGAAAUUGUGUCUGUAGACUCUAUGGGAGUCAGGACCGUGAAAUCUGCCAGUGCUGCCAACCAACAUCUGGUCGGCCCUGCGUACAGGAAGACGUUUGCGGAGGAAGACCGGGCAAAGAGACAGCGUAAAAGGCAAAAAAAGGAAGAUAAAAAGAAAGCAAAAGAAGAACAGAAAAUGAAGUCCGUGUGGAACAUGGAUAAUGAAAUAUGUCAGGAGGAUACACUCCAUGUUAAAGUUCACCAUGGAUUGUUGAAGAUCUUUGGACAAGGUGUUUCGCCAUCAACUAUUUAUUCCAGCCCGUCACUGCUGUGUAUUGCCAGGAUGUAACCAAAACACUCGGGCAAUCAUCUGUUCAAAAGCCUCUAUUGUACAUGUUAAACAAAAAGAACAUGGCUUUAGUAGAAAAAAAAACACCAAUAACACAAUCCAAUCAUUGCUGUGUUCUUCAAGGCUGUAGCUUUGUUAGAUGUUUCUAACAUUAAGUGUCCUGGGUCUGGUCCCAUUUUUCAAAACAUCUUAAAUCCCUUAUAACAGUAUAAAUUAUUUUUCAAAACAUCUUAAGUCCCUUAUAACAAUAUUAGCAUAUAAUUAUAUUUAAAUCCCUUAAGCUUACUAUAUUUUUUGGACAUAUGUUGUGUAAUAGUUAAAUUCUUGAGAGCGUUGAAGUACAAAGGGAUACUAUCUCGAUGAUAAUCACAAUAAUAAUAAUAAUCUAAUUUAUCGAAAUCAAGAUUAAGUAGGAAAUUUGGCUAAAUGAAAUAAGCUUUUUAAGCUUGUUAAGCUUGUUAUGCUUAAUAACUUUUGGGGAAAUUGGGGCCUGGUUUCACGAAACAAAAUGUUGCAUAACAAACUAAACAAAGAAUUAAGACCAGCUUAUUUGAUUGUCACAAUAACUGUCUUAUCGGAUUAUACAAUUUAAGGCGUUGAAAUAUUCUCUUAUUUUAUGGGUUUUUUAAACUAGCCCCUGAUGUAACUUACUAUUUUUGUCUCAUAGAUUGAGAUUGACAAUAUAUUUUUUGAACCUAUUGAGAAUUGCAAAUUAUUUACUGAUUUGACUGAAUUGGCUUAUAUUUAAAACAAAACAAUACUGCACUUAAAUAGGCAAGUAUGUGAUGGGUUUAAAAACAAACAUUAACUCUUCUUACUUAUCCUCAAAACCUGGGUUUUUGUAUUGCCAAAUAAACCAUUUUUUUAAUUGUUGCCCGACUAUGGAUUCAUCAUUGUCAGAUAUCACUAAUACGCUACUGCCUAGUGCUGGGCAUAAUGCUUCGUUGUGUUCUCAGAAUCAUGUAAUAAUAAUUUAUUAUUGAGGCAACUUGGGGAAACAAUGCAGAAAUAUGCACAGACACUCAUACUAAUGUUUUUCUGUAGAAAAGUACUCUGGCAAGCUCAAAUAGAAUUAGGUCCGUCUGAUCAUUACAAAUUUUCAAACAACUACUUAGACCACUUGCCUGCGGAUACAACUGACAACCCAAGAACAGGGUAAUUUUAUUGUAAUAUGCUAUUUCAUUGGUAGAAGGUUGUGUCCCCUGCCUAAUGAAUACUCGUAUAAAAGAAAUUUUGUCAUUUUCCAAUGUUAUGUAUGAAGUGAAAUGGAAGAAAAUUCUGUGGUUGCCGAUGAUGUGGAUUCAUAGGAGCCCAUCUAUUUUGAGACUAGCUAACUUUUUAGGCAAUAAUGCUCAUAACAGUCCAUUUUAUAUUUUACUAUCAUUUUACUAUGCUUCCAUACAUUUAAAAAUGCUUAGAAGUUCAUGUUAACUUAACAUUUGUAUUCUAAAAAAAAAUGAUCUCAAAAUAAUAUUACUAAAUUGAAUGAUAAAGCUAAUUUUUUUUUAAUUGUAAGUAUGGAAAAAAAGAAAGAAAAGAAGUACAAUAAAGCCUUGUGUGGAGACAGCUUUAUCAGUGAAUUAAAAAGGAUAUUUCACUGUUUCAAACAAUGACACAACCUCAACGAUGUCAUUUCAAACAACUAUUAAAAGUCAUCCUAUAUCAUCUUUAGGCAUAUAAUAAAAUGAAAAAUGUUUCAGUGCAAGAUCCCAAUACCUUUCAUGUUUUGAACACCUCAAGUGAAUAUUUAACUUGUUGCUGUGCAACUCAUGAAAUAUAACUUUUGAUGCACACUCGGUAAAAUAUAUUGCUAUCUUACACUGAAGCAAACAAUUAUCCUCUAUGUAUGAAAAUAGAUUAAAAAACAUGAAUUAGAAAUUUUGCUAUUUAAAUCAUUUGUCAAUUAUUUUAUUGUUAAUGUCUGAUGUGUCUGAUUUGGUUUCAAGUCAUAUACUUACUAGGUUAAAAUUUGGCAACCUUUGACAUCCAUAUUGUACAUGAUUUGAAGAGAUUUAUUUGUGCCAUUUUUUAGUGUAACGCAAAAAAGCAUUCCAUUUUCUACACUGUUCAACUAUCAUUCUACUUCAUGUUGUAUUUAUAUAUGAUAAUCUUUUGAUGUCCAUGCAUGUGUAUUAUUUUUGUCCCACUUAGUAGUACAUGAAUUCUAGUUAGCCCUUCCGCAGAUAACAUUUUUAGCCAGAUUUUGCUCCUAAAAUGUUUAAAAGACUGUCCAUUGGGCUGAUAGGUCAAAUCAGAAAUUUAGGGAGCUGAACUAUCCAGGCAAAACUAGGCAGUUAAAAUUGCAGCAACAGGUGCGAAAAGGACUCUCGUCAGAAUUUAUGUCAGCUAAGGUAUUUGUUUUCACUAACUGGACCCACCCUAUUUUUUCUCCCAAUAUUUAUAUGAAAAGCUACAGAAACAAGCCCACCCUACACUUUUUCCUGCCAUAAUGUAGAUUUUUUUUCCGUAAUUUCCUAAAAAAUGUUUAUUUUAUGGAUGAACAUGUUUAAAUUUGACCAUUUUAUAUUUAAAAUUUUCUACAAUAUUGAUAUACUCUGGUCCCUGAGAUAGGCCAGUUUGGUUGAGAAUCCUGGUUCUGUAAAAAAAAACAAAAAAAGUUAUACCUUAAAUCUGCACUCUCACAGAUAUACAUUUUUUACAACUUUUUUAUUUUUUGUCUUUGAAAGAGCAAACUUUUGCACAUUUAUCUGCAAACCAAUGCUAUAAGAUUGUUGACAAAAUUUCAGAUCGUAUAUAUUCAUAUUUCCGUUCGAAAAUUAAUGUUUUAUGGCUUAAACCGUUACUAACGGUUAAAGAAAAAUGCAUAAAUCAUCAAUUUUUGAACUUGAAUAUAAAAAUCUGUGAUCUAAUUUUUUGUCAGCAGUCUUAUAUAACUGGUUUCCAUGGAUUUUCACAAAAAUUGGCUUGUUCCAAGACAAAAAAUAAAAAAGUUGAAAAACAUUCAAUCUAUGAGAGUACAGCUUUAACUUACCCCCGAAUUUCUUGAAGUUGGUGGAAACAAAGACCCGUUUUUGCCUAGUGUAAUUAAAUCAUAAGCUUUUGUAGAUUGCAUGGGUCGAAACUCAGUUAAAUGAAUGACAUCAUUGUAGCUAAAAUGACUUACUGUUUGAUUGAGAUUGAUCUAAUUUGUGUUCAGUAUUAUUAUGUUACUUUGAAAGCAACUAGUAGAUCAACAUUUAGCAUUAAAUUAACAUGCAUGUAGUAAUUUAACCAUCUAGACUAAGUUCUUCUAAGAACUAUAAAUUAAUUAUCUUUUAUUUCCAAUUUAAAUAAUUCUAUAUACUUUUGUAUGUUCUGUUCUUAAGCUCUGAGCUUGGCCGUUUCUUUGACAUUCGGCUUUUAUAUUUUAAACAUGUCUUGCGAGCAUCCUAAAUUUGAAAAAAAUGAUUUAUGAUCACCUCACGAUUUCUUUCAUGACACUUAGCCUACUUCUACUUAUUAUUUUGAAAUUUAUUUUGAAGAUUAGUUACUUUUAUGAUUGAAUCAAAAUAAAUAAAUAAAAAAAUGAUAUUAUUCUGAAAACGAAAAAAACUGGGCUUAACAUGCCAUGUAUGAAUAUCAUGUUGAAAUUUACUGGGGGGUACAUAAAAAAUUAUGAUUUUGUCAACGGAUUUCAUUGAAUGUAUAUUUUGAAUGUUCGUAUUUAAGUGUAUUUUAACCAUUGUUUUGUAUACUUUUAUAGCGCUGUUAUGCAAUCAGUCACCAAGUGAUAGUUAGAUUUUAGCCAAGUUUACUUUGCACACCUUUGUAUACCGUUUUUAUACUUUUUUUGUAGUAGUCUAGUUCAAUUAUUUGAAUGUAAGUUAAGUUAUACUUAUUUUUCUAGGUCAUACACAAUCUUGUAUUGUUUUGUUUUGUUGUAGAGUGAUUGUCUUUGGUUAACUGUCUGUGCUCGUUAAAAAUUCCAGUCUUAUUUUUCUUUGUUUGUUAGUGUUGUUUUAUUUUAUUCAAUUUUUGAUUUACCUUAGCUAGUUACCGUAAGCAUUUUCAUUUGUCCUAUUUGUGUGUGUGUGUUUUUUAUUUUCAUAUUAUUGUCAAUGCAAUCUUUGCUGUUUUUAUUUCAUAUUUAUUUUAAAUAGUGAAUCUAGACUCUAUGGCGUAUCAAUAUGUACAAUCAAUAUGUACAAUUGGAGUAGAACAAUUGUUAUUUAUUAACCAAUUUGUUUGUAAGGUUUACCACACAUAUUUUCAAAAAAUACAGAAAGUUUUAGACAUUUGCUGCUAUUUUUAUAAAAAUAACAAUUAUUUUUAAGAGAUUUCUUUUUGUGCUCAAAUUUGGUCACGUAUGGCAUGGAUUCAUUGAAUUUGCAAAUGACAUUUAGUUUAACCUUAACAUUCCUUUUACUUAUAGCCUUGAUCAUACUUUAUUUUGUCCUAAGCUUGUUGAUAAUAAGACCAUAUACAGUGUAUAGUAACUGUAAUUUUUGUUUUACAUUCUGUUAGUAUUGUUUUUCUUUUAAUUCAGAAUGAAUUGUUGUAUGUUAUUCCGUCCUACAUAUUUUUACAAUUGUUUAAUUUAUUUUAUAUUAAUGUUAAUAUCUGGUAACAUGAUUGUAUUGUACAAAAAUUAUAUGAUGUUAUAAUUUGUCUUUAAAACAUUGUGAGUAUGUAAUAAGAAGUUUUUUAGUAUUCGAUAUGUAACCAUUUGUCCUCAUAAAACUAGGAGAAGGUGGGUAAACCAUUAGUGACACAUGAAGGUCAGGGGUAUUUUUUUUUAGCUCAUCUGAUUUUCUGAAAAAAAGUCUACAUAUCUUCACUGCCUUGUUGUCGUUGUUGACCUGUCAUCAGCAUCGUUGUUAAAAAACAUAGGCCAUGACCAUUACUAAAAAAAACGUACAAGAUAUUCAAAACAAUUUUUUAUCACAUGUUGUCUGAGACAGUACAUUCAUGUUUGACAAGAUUCUUAACUCUGGAUUAAAUAAUUGAUGAGUUAUGUCCCUUGUUGGACUGGAAAAAUGAUGAAUGUUGGUAAUAGCUCUUUAGCGCUCUUGUUUUAUAGUAUGUGUAUAUUUACAUAAAAAUAAUUUCACUUUCACUUUACUAAUACAAUGUAAGUCCUGCCAAUGUACAGCUCAUACUAAUUCCAACCACAAUCCACUGUUAUGAGAUAAAAUAAUUCCAAUGCCAUGGUCGUUAUUUUUACAGUCUUUGUUCUACAUAAAUUGAAUAUUUUAUGCACUUAUAAAAAUGUUAUUUUACUGAUACAUUCCGUCCCAUCUGUUGUAUUUUGUAUUUUACACUGUGAUUUUUAUUCAUUGGGCAUCAAAUGAAACUGCUUGAAAUGUUUCUUUUUCGUGGAGUAAAUAAAAAUUUGUCUUAACAUUUUAUGUUUUCAUAGUUUUGUUGGGAAUAUUUUAGCUUUUAUCUUUUUCAACCCACAUUAUUAAAAAUUACAUGCAAUACUCGAAAAUCAUAACAAUUAUGUCCUUAUAAGGAUUCCUUUAUUAACAAUCUAUUUUUUACCAUUAACUUACUGGAUUCUUGGUAGUUUUGAUGAACAUUUAAUUAUAUAUAUUUCGAAACAAUUUGUUUCACUGGUUGAUAAUUUUGUUGAAAUACAGUCAAAAAUCGCUAUAUCGUUGGGAACUCGGGAAAUACUUCAAGAUAACCAACAUUUGAUAUAACCGAAAUACAAAAAAAUGUCUCACUAAACCCAGAUAUUCUUAAAAGGUUUGACAUAACCGAAACAUCGAGAUAAAAGAGUUCGACAUAGCGAGUUUCGAAAGUAAAUUUUUUUCUUAUGUAUUAUGACACAAACGUUAUCUUUAUGUAAAUUGAUUGAAGUUGAUUUUUCUUACUGAGUUGAGCCAUAUGCUCAUUGGUGACAUGGCCCAAUGAAUAUAUAUUUAUGUUAUGAUUACAUGUAAUAUUUUGGUCAAUAAAUCUGUCUAUUA